GUGCAAAGUGGUCACCUCACUGUCAGCCCAUUUUCUUUUUUAGAAAAAGGGCCAAUUGACUAGAUAUAUCGUGUUUCCCUCCCUCCCUCUUGCUCUUCAUCCUCAUUCUGCUUUCAUUGUCACGAUUUCGCCUUGUCCUGUGCUAUCACAUGUACACCACCAACCAUUUGAACCCCAUCUAGAUCUACCAAACCACUUUGUUUCUUGCACAGCACCGUAGAGUUCUCGAAGAAGACGCAACAACCAUGACGACCGUCAUGCAACCCGGGACCACCAUCCCUCAUCCUCACGACAUCACUCUUCCCCGAUUCGCAAAAUCCACAGAAGCAACAACCUCACCCAACCAAGCCCCCGAAUCUCCUCAAGCCAUUGCCUCCCAAUGGCUGACCGCCUUCUCCGCCAUCCUCGCCUCCAACUCCACCUCGCAACUGCCCUCCGUCAUCCACGAAGAAGGCUGGUGGCGCGACCAACUCGCUCUGACUUGGGAUUUCCGCACCUGUCAGGGCCUGUCCAAAAUCACCAACGAGCUCUUCCCGCACCAUAUUCGCAAAGCACAUUUGCACAAUUUCCAGAUUGUGCCCGAGGGGAAAUUCGUGCCGCACAAAAUCGAGCCGCUGCCGGAUUUGGAAUGGGUGGAAUUCAUGGUUACGUUUGCGAAUGAUGUCGGCACGGGGAAAGGCAUGAUUCGGCUGGCGUGUUGUCCCACGACCCAUGUGUGGAAAGCUCAUAUGAUUUAUACCGCAUUGCAGACGCUGGAUGCGUAUCCCGAGCACAUUGGUCCGUUGAGGCCCCACGGCGGCACAAAUUCGCUCAAGGGUGGUGUGAUUGAAGGGAAUUGGUUGGAACGUCGAGAACGACAAGUGCAGUUUUUGGACGAACAACCUACUGUUCUGAUCAUCGGAGCGGGUCAGUCAGGUUUGAAUCUGGGAGCGAGGCUGGGGGCCAUGGGAGUGAGUGCGCUGAUUAUCGAUCGGAACGAGAGGAUUGGAGAUAAUUGGAGGAAGAGAUAUCGCACUCUAGUGACGCAUGAUCCGGUGCAGUUUACCCACAUGGCGUUUAUGCCGUUUCCGGCAAACUGGCCCUUGUUCACCGCCAAGGAUAAGUUGGCGGAUUGGUUUGAGAUUUAUGCGAGUGCCAUGGAAUUGAAUGUUUGGUUGCAAUCGACGAUUGGCAAAGCCGAGUUUGUGGAAGAUGCGCAGGAGUGGGUGGUUGAUGUCGUGAGAGGCGACGGGACGGUGAGGACAUUGAGACCAAGGCAUGUGGUCAUGUGUUCUGGACAUGCGGGAGAACCGAGAAUUCCCACGUUUCCCGGUCAAGAUACCUUUAAAGGUGUGGUGUAUCACGGUAGCCAGCACAAAGAUGCCACUACGCAGGAGAAUGUCGCGGGGAAGAAGGUCGUGGUGGUGGGCACCGGGAAUAGCGGCCACGAUAUGGCGCAGAAUUACUGCGAGAAUGGAGCUUCAGUCACGAUGCUGCAACGCAGAGGCACGUAUGUGAUCCAAGCAAGCAAAGGCCUGGAGAUGGUUCAUGCGGGCAUGUAUGAUGACCACGGACCUCCGACGGAAGACGCAGACAUUGCUUGGCAGAGUUUGCCGAUCCCCGUUCAAUUCGUGCUCAGUGCAGGUCUGACGGAGAAGAUCAAGAGCGUCGAAAAGGAGAAUAUUGAAGGUUUGACCAAGGCGGGAUUCAAGGUCGACUUCGGACAUGACAAUAGCGGCAUGCAUCGCAAGUACAUCACCCGUGGUGGAGGAUACUACAUCGAUGUGGGCUGCUCCCAGCUCAUCGUCAAUGGCAAGAUCAAGGUCGUGCAGAGUCCUGAUGGUAUCAAAGGCUUUACAGAGCGGUCUCUUGUUUUGGCGGAUGGCAGGGAGCUCGAAGCAGACAUCGUCGUGCUGGCCACAGGAUACGACAAUAUGCGGACCACUGCGCGUAAGACGCUGGGUGACAAGGUUGCAGAUCGAUGUAAGGAUGUCUGGGAUCUGGAUGAAGAGGGCGAAGUGAAUGCGAUGUGGCGUCCUUGCGGCCACCCGAAGCUGUGGUUCUUGGGAGGUGCUCUAGCCUUGUGUCGGAUCUACUCCAGGUUUCUUGCCAUGCAGAUUGUUGCGAGUGAGAAGUCUUUGUAGAUGUGCACCCGAGGUUUUGUAAUUGAUGGUUGUGGUUCUAGUUUUCGUCGGAUAGAUGUCUAGAAUUGAUGACAGACGGCCGAGGUGGAGUGAAGCGCAGUCUCUUCUCUUCUCCUCUCCCAGCCUCUGCCAUCUGGAAAUGCAUGAAAUAUCGUUUCAAGUUGCUACCAUAUAUGGAGGUGACACGAGGCUGUUCUCGUGCACACCUCUCUCACCACGUGUGUGUUUCUACGGCUCGUCGGCACCGGGCAAAUGCUGAAGACCUUGUACGGAUGCCUGACCGCACCAUGUAUGAAAUGUAGUAAGGUCUUUCCAGCCUGAAACACAUCGAGGGACUUCUGUCGGCCAUUGCAAAUUACUGUAUCCUCCCGAUGUUGUCCUCGCUUACACGAGAGAAGUGAGCCCGGAACGUCCGCUGAUGAAGGGCCCGGGAAUGUCUAUAGCAGUAGACUUGGGCGCACGAGUGCCUGACGCCAUGACCAGACGGCCAUAUCGAUAGCAGCUGGUGGAUCUGAGCCGCGUUGCGAUGAUGGGACUCCUGUGUCUUCGUCUCAGCCACAUCAGAUGGCUCCUCAAAAGACUCCAUCGUGCUCGCCAGGCAGCCGCUUGACGCGCUUCUGCUCCCAAUUAUCCAGGUCCUUCGCUGCGAGUUUAUAAUAUUCCUCUGCCAGAUCAAUCCGCCUCUUGUCCUUGCCAAUGCCCAACUCCUCGUCCUUUGUCAGCUGUCGCACCUUGCGGUCAUGGCGUUCGUAGCGCAGGGCGGUGGCGGGCGUGAGGAAGAAGGAGCCGAGCAGCAUGGUGGUGAUGAAGGGCAGGCCGAAGAGCGCGAAGGGAUGUCGGGCGAGGAGGACGCGGUAGCGGGCGGCGAAGGAUGAGUCGUUGGACGAGCGGAACUUGCGAGAGGGGAAGACGGCCAUGAUGGUCGAUUUGCAGCUGUAUCGGUGUGCUAUUGCACUGAACUGUUCUGGACGGACCUGGACUGUGCUGUGCUUC